AUGACGGGGUCGUGCAAGCGGGCGCCAGUGCUGAGGAGACACGCGCAGCAGCGGCGGACGGAGGCCGCGGCCGAGGCUGCGAGCGCGGGGCUGGCUGAUGCAGACGAGCAGAUGCGCUUCGGGCCGCCGCGUCGCACGCCGGAGAAGACCGCGAUCGUCGGGGGCGGGCCCGCGGGGCUGGCGACCGCGAUCAUGCUCGCUCGGAGGGGCUGGAAGAACAUCACGGUCUACGACCGCCUGGAGGCUCCGCCGAAGCCCGGCGCGAAGGUGUGGGGCAACGCGGACCGCAGCUACAACCUCGGCAUCAACGGUCGCGGCCAGAAAGCCCUCAAGGGUCUGGACGCGCUCGACUCAAUACUCCCCUGGGCCGCACCGAUCACCGGACGCAUGGACUGGGACGACCAGGGGCGCACAAACCUGCGCGAGGCGAGCAACAAGACGACGACCACCGUCGUCAUCCAGCGCGACAGGCUCGUCGCGUGCCUCCUGCAGGAGAUCCACCAGAAGUACCGCGCCGCCGUGACCGUGCAACACGGCGUCGAGUGCGUGGGCGCGGACUGGUCCACCGCGGCGACGCCCGCGGGCCUCCCGCGCUCCACGGCGGUCCGCACCGCGCCCGUCAUGCUCGCGGUCGCGCCCGUCGCGGCGCUGCGGUCCGAGGAGGACCUGCAGGGCGAGAUGAUUGGCGUUGACGUCGACCUCAUGGUGGCCGCGGACGGCGUGCGGAGCUCCGUGGUGGAGGCGCUGUCGCGCGCGCCGGACUGCGAGAUCCGGUGGAAGGCGUACAAGGAGAGCAACACGCGCGUGUACAAGACGGUGGGCCUGACGAUUCCUGACUCAUGGCGGAAGGACCUCAACUACUCGGCGAACGCGCUCGGGGGCAAGGGCAUCACGCUCGAGGCGCUGCCGACCGUGGAGGGCAACCUCGUCGGGCUGCUGCUGUUCAAGCCGGAGAACGAGCGGAUGGCGCAGGUUCAGACGGAGGACGACGCACGCGCGCUGUUCGAGGAGUGCUUCCCGGACUUCCUGCCGCUCGUCAAGCCGGGGGAGUUCAAGGCGCUCGCAGAGCGCCCGAUCUGCCGGUUCCCCGGGUUCCAGUACGCGGGGCCAGCGCUGCACUGGGGCGCGAGCGCGGUGCUGGUCGGGGACUCGGUGCACACCGUGAAGCCUUAUUUUGGGGUGGGCGUGAACUCGGCGUUCGAGGACGUCGCCACGCUCGAGGAUUGCCUCGACAAGGCCUCGGACGACCCGAAGCGCGCGCUCGAGCUGUACUCGCGGAGACACGCCCCGAACGCCAGGGCCCUCGUGGAGAUGUCCCGGGACCUCGACCGCGGCUUCUUCCGGUUCGUGUUGCCGCUCAUUUUGGACGGCAUGUUCCACAGCUUCGCUCCGGACUUCUUCGCGCCGAACACCAUCCGCAUGCUGCAGAAGGACGACUGGUCGUUCGCGGCGAUCCAGCAGCGCAAGCGGCGCGACCGCAUGGUCCAGUGCGGCGUGCUCUUCUCCGUCCUGGCAGCCGUGCUGUUCGCGCUGCGCACCGCAAUCAGCACGGCAUGGAGCGCGGUCUGCGCGGCGCUGCCGGCCGCCGCCGGUGCGCUUUGA